ACCCCUGGGGCUAACGCGCAAGCGCCGUUCUGCCCGCCUCGCGGUCAGCUAUGUCGUUACGCAUGUCCGGGCUGCGGCGGGAGACUCCGCGGUAUUUACCGCCGGAAGUUCGGCGGCCACCACCAAAGAGUGCGGGUUCGGCUAGCUAGCUAGAGGGGCUCGUUUCCGCCCCGCUCCCGGGUGGUGGGCGGCCAUCUUAGGCGCGUGCAAUUAAAGGCUGUGGCGGGAUUGGUUCCGUGUCUGGGCUCGUCCGCCGCUCCCCACCUACCAGGGACGGAUCCGGAGCCCUUCCCCGCGGGGCGGGACUCCCAACGGCCGACUCCUUUCCAGGUGAAGGGUAACCGCGGGACGUUGGGGCUUUGGGCGAGCCUCCCGCUCCCUUCCACGGGACUCCAGGACAGGCUCCACGCCCUCGUUGACCCGCCCUGGGCUGAAGAUACCCUUACGAUCUGGAAAUAGCGACUCCGUAUCAUGGCCGGCAGCCCUAAUGAAGAUCCUGAAGGAAGCAGAAUCACUUACGUGAAAGGAGACCUUUUUGCAUGCCCCAAAACAGACUCUUUAGCCCACUGUAUCAGUGAGGAUUGUCGAAUGGGCGCUGGGAUCGCUGUCCUCUUCAAGAAGAAAUUUGGAGGAGUGCAGGAGCUCAUAAGUCAACAAAAGAAAUCUGGAGAAGUGGCUGUUCUGAAGAGAGAUGGGCGAUAUAUAUAUUACUUGAUUACAAAGAAAAGGGCUUCGCACAAACCAACUUAUGAAAACUUACAGAAGAGUUUAGAGGCUAUGAAGUCCCAUUGUCUGAAGAAUGGAGUCACUGACCUCUCCAUGCCCAGGAUUGGGUGUGGUCUUGAUCGUUUGCAAUGGGAAAAUGUAUCCGCGAUGAUUGAGGAGGUGUUUGAGGCAACAGACAUCAGAAUUAACGUGUACACACUCUGAACAGAGGAGCAUUUUGGAUGUGUCCACGUUCUCCUGUGUCAUCCCUGCUAGGACUGGGCAAACUGACCUUAGCAUGGUCAGGGGAAAGUUUUGUGUGAAGUAGUCUGUGUCACAGGCCAGACUCGGGUUGCUGUAUUCCCAUGGUUCUGGGACUCUGAAGGAGGGAUCGGUUGGGAAAUGUUGCUCUGAUUUUUUUUUUUUCUGCAGGAAGGUGAGGAGUGGAUGGCCUGAUAAUAGGCAGGGAAACAUGCUGUUGGGCCUGACUCCCGUUUUGCUUCAGAAUGCUACCUGAUUUGUUUGGCUUGCCACUAGGUGGCAGCAUUGAUUCUACUCCUCUGGUGUUUAAGAGAAAUUUCAGGAAGGAUGAAUAGUUCAGUUAAUUUUGCAUUGUUUGUCAUUUGUGCAUUUGGUAAUGUCGUAUGUCAUCAAAUUCAUCCCAGGAGAGCAUUAUGGGUUUUGUUUAAAUUACAAAAACGAGUUUUACGUUGUUAACAAGGAAUUUGUGGUGACAAAAAUGGAAAAAUAAAUAUCUUUUUCUUGGGGCCCAAUGA